GCUCGCCCCACUCCCGCCCAGCGCAGCCGCCGCGGCGGGGCCGGCACCUCCCCAAGUGCCGCACCAUGGGCAGCCAGGGCUCCAAGGCGGCGGGCGGAGACCCCGACACCGCCAAGGCCAACGGGCAGGAGAACGGCCAUGUGAUCUCCAACGGGGACAUGACGCCCAAAGCGGGGGUCGAGGUGGCUCCCCAGAACGGGAACGGAUCGGCGGAACCCCCCAAAGAGGAGAACGAGGGCGAGGCGGGCGGUGCCGACACCAUCGAACCCGCCCCGGCCGCCCCCGACAGCGCCGAGCCCAAAAGCGAAGGAGCCGCGGGCGCUAAGGACGCCCCGAAGAAGAAGAAGAAGUUCUCCUUCAAGAAAUCCUUCAAGCUGAGCGGGAUCUCCUUCCGCAAGAACAAGAAAGAAGCCGGGGACUCCUCUGGCUCGUCGCCCACGGAGGAGCAGGGCAAGAACGAGGAGCCCCCGCCCGAGGGGCUGCAACCCUCGGCGCCCCCCGAGGAGGAACCGAGCGGAGCCGGGGCUGAGCCCGCAGAAAACAACGCGGAGGAGGAAAAACAGGGAGAGGAGAACCAGGGAGACACAGCCAAACCCGAGGAGCCGUCGAAAAGCGCGGAGCCCACGAGGAGCCCGGAGGAGAAGGAGGAGUAGAGGCCGGUUCUGGUUCCGUCCCCACCGGGGUUUGUCCCCCCAGCCCGUCCCGUCCCUGCCCGGACUCGCCCGCACCCCCCAGGACUGACACAGACCCCGCACUCCCCUCUCCAGUCUCGCUCUUUUUCCCCCACCUCGAUCCUGGUAGAAAAAAAAAAAAAAAGCAAAAAAAAAAAAAAACUGGUUUGGAUUCGCACCGCUGCCGCCACUCGGUCUGAGCUGAAUUGCUUGGGAGAAAAAAAAAAUGAAAUUAAAAUUAACAGCGUGAAUAAGAAAUGGAAGUGGGGAGGAAGAUUUGGCCCGGACGCCACUGGAGUUACAGUUUGGGAUCUCAAAUCCUGCUCUGGAUCUCUCCAAGCUCCAGACUGUCCCCUCUCCUCCUGCUCCCACUGACUGUCCAAUGGAAUUUUUCAUUUUUUUUUUCUGUUAUAUUUUUUUUUUCUUUAUUUCUCAGUUUACAUUCCUGGUUCUGACUUUUCAUUUCAAGUAUUUCGUGCUUUUUCUAUAGAAAUCGAUGGUUUCAAAAGCUAAUCUGGUUAGUUUUUUAUAAUGAUGUCUUCUAUUGGCUUAAAAGCAUAAAGCUUGUAAGUGUUUAAUUAAUUCUGCUUUAAGGGAUAACUUUUGGGUGUGGGGUGGAGAGAGGGAGCCCUGCCAGCUGUAAAAUGUCACGCCAACACUGUUUUGUUUUUUUCUGUUUAUUAUUUUUUUUCUUCUCUGUAAAUAAUUUUUUUAACGGCCAAAAAAAAAAAAAAAAAAAAGAAAAAAAAUACAACAACACCGCUCGAUUUGCAAUUUUCUAACUUGUACAAAAAAAAAAAAAAAGAAAGAGAAAAAAAAAAAAAACCAAACAAAAGCUGUAAGAUUUGAAAGGAAUAAAUGGUGACCCCUU